GGCCUGGGGCUGGUGUGUGGGGCCGGGGUCGCAGCCGCAGCGUCGGGGCCGAGGGGGCGAUGCCGGAGCUGGCCGUGGACCGGGUGGUGGUUCACCCGCUGGUGCUGCUCAGCGUGGUGGAUCACUUCAACAGAAUAGGAAAAGUUGGGAAUCAGAAGCGAGUUGUUGGAGUGUUGCUGGGCUCUUGGCAGAAGAAAAUAUUAGAUGUAUCCAACAGUUUUGCAGUCCCUUUCGAUGAGGAUGAUAAAGAUGACUCUGUGUGGUUUCUAGACCAUGAUUAUCUGGAGAACAUGUAUGGAAUGUUUAAAAAAGUCAAUGCUAGGGAAAGAAUUGUUGGAUGGUACCACACAGGCCCCAAACUACACAAGAAUGACAUUGCCAUCAAUGAACUAAUGAAAAGAUACUGUCCUAAUUCUGUAUUGGUAAUUAUUGAUGUAAAGCCAAAGGACCUGGGGCUGCCAACAGAAGCCUAUAUUUCAGUUGAAGAAGUUCAUGAUGAUGGAACUCCAACCUCUAAGACUUUUGAACAUGUGACCAGUGAAAUUGGAGCUGAGGAAGCAGAGGAAGUUGGUGUUGAACACUUGUUACGAGAUAUUAAAGACACAACAGUGGGCACUCUGUCCCAGCGCAUCACAAACCAGGUCCAUGGUUUGAAGGGACUGAACUCCAAGCUUCUGGAUAUCAGGAGCUACCUAGAGAAAGUGGCCAUGGGCAAACUACCCAUCAAUCACCAGAUCAUCUACCAGCUUCAGGAUGUCUUCAACCUGCUGCCAGAUGUCAACCUGCAGGAGUUUGUCAAGGCCUUUUACCUGAAGACCAACGACCAGAUGGUGGUGGUCUACUUGGCUUCUCUUAUCCGGUCUGUGGUUGCCCUGCACAACCUCAUCAACAACAAGAUUGCCAACAGAGAUGCAGAGAAGAAGGAAGGUCAGGAAAAGGAGGAAAGCAAAAAGGAGAGAAAAGAUGAGAAGGAGAAAGACAAAGAGAAGAGUGAUGGCAAGAAAGAGGAGAAAAAAGAGAAAAAAUAAAGUGUAGUUUUUUAUUUGUAAAUUAAAAUCUUGUAAACUAAAUCUCUCUGCUGCUAGAAGGUUCUUUUUCACUUGUUAAAAUGAUCAGAGUUCUUUGUUCUUGCCUGUCUUGGGAGGCACUUUUAGAUCAGCUGCCUCUGCUCUUACAUCGUACAAGCAGAUAGCUGGAUAGAAGGGGACGAGGGGAUUCAGUCCACACAAACUGGCAGUUCUAAUAAGGAGCAGGCAGUCUUACUACUGGGAAGGAAAGCCCCUGUCAUUUCAGUCCUUAGCACUGAGAAGGGAGGAAGGAACAAGCAAAGAUAAAGUGCAGCAUUUGUCAUCUGCUGCCAGUAAAAUCUUGUGUCCCAAGAUGCUUGUCUGUCUCCUUCCCUCAUGAUUUAGGUCUACCGACUAUUUGGGGUUACUACCAUGUAGUAUGUAAAACGGCUAAACUGUGUGCAUGACCCUGCUGCUCCUAUUCUGCUGUCACUCUGGAUCUGUGCUUGAGGGCCCUGCACAGAGGAUGAAUUUACCUUCCCAGCCUGUUGCCCAGGAGAUGGUGAGGUGGAGAUCUUAUACGGUUUUACUGCCAAGAGACGAUUAAAUGGUUUGGUUUGUAAAUCUGGCCAUUUUAAUCCCAAAAGCCAAAUGGGAGCUGAUUUUAUUAGUGCUGGAGUGAGGAAUUUAAGAUACAAGAAUCUCGUUUUAGGAGGAAAGAAGCUGAGCAGCACGAGAGCACAGAAUGUAGCCUAUAGCCUAUGAAGAUAAGAUGGGUUUGUGCCCUUUUUGCUGAGAUGAGCAAAAUAGGUCUAGAGCAGUUGGUGCCCAAAUUCUGGCAGUGCCGUACUGCCAACUAGCACAAAGCUCUUUGGGCCAGUUACUACAUCUGUGUAGUACCCAGGACAAAAGCCCUCACCUAAUCAAGGGCGCUAAAGGCUAUGACAGUACAAAUUCCAUCUUGGCAUGGAGUCUACAAGACACGGGCAAGUUAAUCGUGAAUUUUGGGAGCUUGCCCAUGUUAGUCACCCCCUUAAGAGGGGCUGGUGGCUCCCUUGCUACCCUACCUUGCUCAGUGACAGGAGGAGUAGGGGCAGCUAGCAUGCAGCUCCAAACCCUUUUGUGGAGGUGCAGUCAUGGAUUAUAGGACUCCACAUUAAAGUGCAGGCAUUGGCUCAGCUCAAGCAGGCGCAUUCCAUGCAUGGAUCUAUAGGCUCCAGACGUUGCCUUUCUAGAUGGAAGAUGGUGAUUGUCUUACAUUCCUGUAAAUGAAGUCUGCAACUCUAGGUGUCAUGGAAAUAAAGGAGCCGCUAUAAACACUACUUUGAAUCUGGGUGAAUGGAAGGGGGUGUUGGCCAACUACGCUAUCUUUCCCUUGACUGGGAUGGUGAGCCUAGGAAGCCUUUGUCCGGGUGGCCUGUCAGACAGCGUCGCCAUUUCCUCUGAGAGCUGGUUGCAUUCAAACCUCCAAGUAGUGUCAUUACAAUUGCUGCAUUUAGCUCGUCUCCGGCAUGGGUCACGGUGCAGCAGGAACACGUCAAAGUGCAGUGGCUGCUGCAACAAAAGGGAAGCAGGGAACAGGACUCUAUUAAAUAGCUUAAGUUCACUCAGGGUAACUGUUUAAUGUGGGAGACCUCAAACUGCCCAUCCUGGUCCCUGAAGAUCCUUGAAUGGACUAUUUCAAAUGACUCAGAGAUGGAAAAUGCUGCCUUAAUUGUAAGUUAAAGCCCUGCUAAGAUCAUAAACCUGUUGAUACCCUAUUCUCACCAGGCAGAGCUCACUGAUUUCAGGUGCUACCAUGUAAAAGCAAAGAUAGGUUUCCUAGGCCCAUUGAAGAUGCAACAUCCAUCACCAUGGUAGCUCAAUGCCAAAGUCAGUAUCAAGACUUUGCACUGACCCUGACUCUGAUUCACUUGCUGUUAUGUAGUAGGAGAAUAUUUUCCCUUUCCAUGAUAAAUUAAACUGGUUUGUUACCAUGGUAGGUUUACACUAUUUGGAGGCAAUAAAUGCUCAAACAAUUUACAGUCAAUUUAGUUUUAUGCAACAUCACAUGUCUAUGUGGUGAACCAGCUCAAGUCUGUAUCUGGCCCCAUUACCAUGGUGCCCCAACACCCCAAUUAUUAAGCCACCCCCGGGAGGCAAAGCAGGGCUCUUAUCCUCACUGUAGAGAUGGGAACUUGGCCAUGUCACAGGGGGAGUGGGUAGAGCAGGGAAGUGAAUCCAGGCUUCUGGCAUGCCAGGCUAGUGUCCUAACCAGGGCCCCAGCCUUUCUUGGUAAAGGGUUUUCCUUCCCAAGCCCACCCUUCACUGUGAAGGAGUAAGAAAUUGAGCUAGACCUUCUCUGACUGAAAAAAACAAAAUUCCACUUGGCAAUAACUUAAGAUACUUUUACCACUUGCUUUGUAAGAAGGGGAGGGAGGUGGGUGGCUUUCUGAUUUGGGAUGGUGGUUGAGGUAGGGAAUCUUUCACCACUCAAGCCUGCCCCAAGUAAGCAGGGGCUGCAAACCAUCACAAUUGGAAGGUUGUGGCCCAUUUGCAGUGAGUUAGUGGGUCUUGCUCUUGUGAACACCAUGAAAAUUAGUUUGUGUAGCAUGCAUCUCUCUUUGCUGAUUGAUGAAAAGAUGGAGGCAAUUUCAGGAGAACCACUGAGCUUGUGAGAAUUCUGCAACUUUUGGUUGAAAUCUCCUGAUGUUUCAGUACCCCUGUAUUCUAGUCUUGGUUUGGAUUUAAACGUGAGCACUGAAUCCAACUGACACCUGAUCCAGGUCUGGCCAGUUUUUUCUCCCCUCUGUGUCUAGAAUAAGUAUUACUUCCAGCUUUUUGUGUUCAAAAUCAUUCUGGCAUUGCCAAGGCUCAAGGGCUGGUGGUUCUCUACCACCAGAUGACAGUGUUUGCACUGUUUCCUGAUCAUGUUAAAUGGAGGGAAAGCUUCAGCAGUGCAGGAAAGGAUCCUACCUAAAUAAAGCUGUGUCUGGGCAGCUGUAGGUGUGACAUGGCUAUUUUUUGCCCUUACAGCGGUUUGCAAUGUCAGAGAUUCAUAACUCUUCAUAAAUUUCUUU